ACUUUUUUGACAGGUAGUCGUGAACGGAAGCGGAAAUUUCCGCUAGGCGCUGGAAAAGCCUCUCAUCUUCUCUCCCGUCCAUUCCCCCCCAAAGGAAAAGGUCACAAAAACCACCAUCAUGACUCAUUCAAUGCUGCGGCGACAACUGAAGAACCUUGUUCAGAACUUUUCUGAGGCAGAAGUCAAAGUUCGAGAAGCGACCUCUAAUGACCCCUGGGGGCCAUCAAGCUCGCAGAUGGCCGACAUCGCCGAUCUUACCUACAAUGUGGUGGCAUGUAACGAGAUUUUGUCCAUGCUCUGGAAGCGCCUCAAUGAUGACAAAAAUUGGAGGCAUGUGUAUAAGGCUUUAACUCUUCUUGAAUAUCUGUUGAAAACGGGCUCUGACCGCAUCCCUCAGCAGAGUAUGGAGAACAUGCACAUUAUUAAAGCCCUAACAGAAUACCGCUUCACUGACAAGGAUGGAAAGGACCAGGGGGUUAACGUGAGAGAAAAGGUGAAGAGUGUGCUUGUGCUGAUCGAAGAUGAGGACAAGCGGAAAGAAGAGAGAGAAUUUGCUAUGAAGACGAAAGACAAGCUGACAAAGGCUCCCAAUGUGUCCUCAGCUACAGGCCCAGAAAAGGAAAAGCCAGAGAUUCCCCCAUAUACUGGGCUGCCCUCCCUGGACAACAUCCCUUCAGUGGCUGACCUGACUGCCUCUAUGGCUAGGAAGAAGGAAGAGCAGAAACGUCUUGAGUCAGAGAGGAAAGAGGCAGAGAGACGGGCAAAGGAGGGUGACACAGAGCCAGAUCUUUGGGAACAAGCAGCAACAGCAGCACCUACAUCAAACUCCAAUCCCUGGGGAGCCCCAUCUGAUACAUCCAUUGAAUCCGCCCCUUCUAAUGACCCAUGGGGUGGAUCUGCUGAUGGGAAAAGUGAUUCUCCUCCCGCCAAUGAUCCAUGGGGCAACUCUUCAGGAGAUUCAGAAGAGAAACCCCCGGCAUCGAAUGAUCCAUGGGGGGCUCCAGCCAAAGCGCCAAAAGACUUUGAGCCUGCAAAUUCAGAUCCCUGGGGGGCAUCGACAGAUACUGUACAGGAUUCAGCAUCUGCAACCUCUGAUCCCUGGGGGGCGCCAUCGGAAGCACCAUCAGCCAAGUCUGAUCCAUCUGCUGAUCCAUUUGGUGAUAAUUCAAAAGCAGAUAAUGACCCUUGGGGCACAGCAGCUUCUUCACCGCCCACUGCCAAUGACCCCUGGGGUGCCUCAUCUGCUCCAUCUGAUACAAUGACAACCGAUUACCCUUUUGGAGAUGGAGGAAAAUCAGAUCCAUGGGGAGCGACUUCUGAGAACAGCAACGGAACAGGUGACAACACCACUAAACCUGCUGAUGAGACCAAAAAGCCAGCGUCCUUCCUUGGUGAAGGUGCUUCAUUGGUGGAUUUUGACUGUCUUAUGUCAGUCAAGCCCAAACCUAAACUGCCUCCUCUCAAUGCCAUCUCCCCCUCUACCCAAAAAGCCCAGGGUAAGGAAGGCUGAGUGAAAGAGAGAGAGAAACCUUGACAAUAAAAGCAACUGAGAAAGAGAGAACCACUGUAUAAAAUCUGUUUAUUUCUAAGUGUUUGUGAUCCAGUGUUUUUCAAGCCUAGUUCAUAUAGUCAUGUGGAACAUAACCUUUAUGUAGUUGAUGUAGAUAUCAUCUCUGUUGGGUUUAUAAAAACACAACCUUCUUUGUCCCCACCUCUGUAUGCUAUCUACUUCCUUUGUUACCCAUCAUCCCAUGUUAUCCCCCAUUACCCAUCAUCCUUUUUGUUUGCACACUUUCAACUUUCAUCAUUCAUAGGUUAUUUUGCCAGUUACAGGCAUGACCAGGCCAUUGAGCAGCAACAUGUCCAAUGUGGCCAGUUCUGCUACACUUCCAUCAAAUCCAAAAUAUUUUUGGAUUUAACUUCAUCAUUCCUGGUUUCAGUGCCCGUCAAUAAUAGCCUUGGGAUGCCUGUCGACUACAUUGCCAGACCAGAAAUACAAGCCUUUCCAUGUUGACAAUGCCCAAUAUAGGAUUUCCCAUGAUAAAUCCGCACAAUGCACCAAGAAUGGUACAACCUGGCACUGCUGAGACUUUUAUUGGUGAGCUAUAGGGUUGCCACGGUGUUACCGGUUUUACUCGGGACAAGGGACAACACCAGUGUGAAAUUUUAUACUGGUUAUGAAUGGAACUUCCAAUAUCUAUACAAUAUCCUAACGAAUAAAAUAACUUUUAAUAAAGAAUAGUUGCCUAAUGAAGAGUUUGCGACCCAUGAUAAAUGAACCUAAAUAACACAUUGAAGGCCAGAUGUUUUUUACCAACAUACAGUAUCAAAUUACACAGACAGGAAAGUAUGCGCACUGACAAAAUACGUUUUAUUGCAGGUAGCAAAUAUAAUGUGCAUGGUGGGCAACUGUAAGAUGUCUCGGAUUCGGAAUAACACAAGAAAUGCUGUUUGAUACACAGACACACAGAAAGAAACUGUUAAAGAAACACUCUUUAUUAUAUUUUUAAGAACAGGUGACCGAAAAGCCGUCUAUGCGCAUGUCUGACACGCUGUUUGUUCGGAGGCAUGCAGUCUCCUUGAACACGAGUAUGUAAAAUGUUCUCACUCUUUCUUUGUUUCAGUCUUAUGAAUUUUUUUUGCUAGAAAAGUAUCGUCUAUAAGAAUGCUGUAAAUGAUCUCAGACAUCUCGGCUCAGGAGGUGUUUUGAGUUCAGUUCGCUUAAUUUCCACAGAGCAGUUCAUUGUGAACGCAACCCUGCAGCCUAUACAUCUGUGAUUAAAUCAUAAAAUAAUACAAAAACACAUUCACCUCGAACCUGUAUUGUAACUUUCCACCGUUGUCAUAGAUGGAUACUUGCCUGACGGUAAAUGGAAAGGUGGUUAUAUAUGUUUUUUUGAUUUUACAACUUUGCUUUUUUGUAUAGUUUGAAGUGCAAUUUGAAUUUAGAAAUGUCUUUGGUGCAAGUUUCACUAUGCUCAACGACAACCACGCACAACUCACCACGUGCCUCACAGAGAGCAAGAACGACAUUAUAGCGACCAUUACGAGGUUAACCCAACGUGACUCUACUCACCCUAGCAACCGGGCCAAUUGGUUGCUUAGGAAGCCUGAUUGGAGUCACUCUGCACAAGUUUUUCGUUUUUUAAAUAAAUGAAUUGAAUUCUCAAUGAAUAAUCGAUAAAGCAAGAAUAUUCACCGAUCCCUCAGCCGGGGGGGUUGAUGAUGUAAUUGUCAUUGUUUAUUCACACAUUCAAAGUCAUUACCCUUCUGAAGCAGCUAAACUGGGUCCUGGGAUGAAAGGUAAUAAAACGCCAACAUUAAACCCGCAACAAGCCACAAUAAAUGAUGUAUUUGCCCGGACAACGAAAUAUACGACCGGUAGCCCAUGAUGGAGAGAAUGCACGGAUGAAGUUGGUUUGUUGCCAAAGAGAUGUUGCCCUUCACAAAUGUUGAAAAGCCAUAUUUUAAAAAGUUAAUUGCACUUCAGUUUUUUCAGUUUCAUUUGAAAUUUUAGUUAAAUAUAAAAUAAAGUUGAAAGUUUGAAAUCAAUCUGCCUUGCAUUAUUGUGUAGGAUAUUGCUUAACGAAAACUACCCAAUAGUACCACCUAGCAUCCAACCAGCGGUAACACCGGUGUUAGUCGGUUUGAACAUGAACGCCACACUGGUGUGACAAUUAUGAUACCGUGGCAAGUCUAGUGAUGUCUUUCACAGGAGUGGUUAUCCCACAAGCUGGAGUUCCACAGCAAACUCCACUUGGUUUGGGUUCCUGGAACUGGGACACCUGGCAAGGGAACUAAAAAAUGUGGAGUUCUCCAAGGAUCAUCCAUUCAUCCCAACCAUUUCCUUGUCCCCUCCCCUUUUAUUGAACCUAAUUAUUGUGUAUUUAAAUAUAAAUGCACAUUGAUGAACUGUAAGUGUUUUCAUUCUGGGGAGAAAAGCACUCCAGCCUUUCUAACAAGAUGGACUGUGAGAAUUGUCCAGGUGUUUUGUUUAUUAGCUCUUUAUCUAAUAUGUUAUUAUAGAAUCCAUCAAGGUCCCAUAUGUUGAAGAUUCAGGAAAGCUUGCCAUGAACCUGAUACAAUUUGCCUGCCAGCAAGCAGAUUUGACAAGUGUUGCUCAGGUAACUGAUAACAGCUGGAUAAACCUUAAUCUUGCUUCGAAGGGUGAAAACCCUCAUCUUUAUCCUGAAAGGUAUCCGGCUAACCAAGUAAACCACAUCUAAAGAGUGGGCCCAAUUUUGUGUAACCAGCAUUGAAUAUUGUUAUAAAUCAACAAAAGUGGUAUUCUUUACAACAUUCAGAGUGAUGCACAUCAGUAUAUAAUGUCAAAAUGUGGCUCCUAUUAUGAUGAGAGAAUUUUCAAUCAUAAAAGUUGUAAUGCUUAUGUUGCUGUGAUGUAAUGGAAGAGGUUUAGAUGAAUCUCUAUCAAAACUCAGAGGAUCUGAGGAACUUUUUUUUUUUUUUACAUUUUUGAGUAUAGUUAGGGUUUUUUUUUUGUCAAAUUUCAUUUAAAUCCAAAUUACACUGCAGUCACUCUUAAGUGACGAUCAUGCACAAUGUUUUUGUUGCUUGUUUGGAAUGGUGUUUAUCUUUUAGUUCAUCAUUUUACAUGGUUAAGUCUUAUUUCACUGCUUUAACAACCUGCACAUGAAACAUCUUCUCAUGGAACACACUACGAGACUUAGAAAGUACUCUCAAGUUCCACCAAAACAUGCAGACGCAUAGAAACACUCCGACAUCAAAGCUAAAGACGGUCCAACAAAAUGAUGAAGUAUGUUACUUUUAUUUUUUUUUAUUUUAUUUUGGCCAGCCAGUGUAUGAUAUGUUUGAAUAUUGACAUAAAUACAUUUUUGUUCUUUCUCUAAGAUGAAUAAUUAAGAUGUAUCUUCCUUGGCUGUCUGAUCAUUGUUGCAAAUGUGUUAUUUAUUUAUCCUAAUUUUAUUAAAUCUUUUCAGUUGUUCUUUAUAUUUAUUCUGUCAUUUAUUUAUAGAAAGAGAUUUAUGGAACAUUUGCAAAAAUUAAAAAAAGAACACUUUUUAUUCUUUAUGUUGAUGACACAUUCUACGCAUCAUUCUUUAUUCACUGGAUAUUGGUUUUAUUUUCAUAUUCGCUGUUACUGCAAUUUCAUGCUCAGUUGCAGUUUUAUUUUGUAUUAAAUAUGAAUAUAUUUAUUUUACCAGCUAUGGUAAAGAUGUGGUGUUACCUGUGAAAGUGAUCAUUUAAGAAUAAAGUGUC